CUUCAACUCCGUACAUAGCGUUCUCCAUGAAGGAGGAUCUUUUAAGAAUUCCGUAAUAUCUUCGUAUGUAACUAGUGGCUUGCAGAUUGUUUUCUUUCACAUUUCAGUGAUUGUCAAGUUUUACAAGAGAAGUGAUAAUUGAAUGAGAUUGCUGUAAACAUCUAAUAAUUAGAUUAAAAUAAGGAUAACUUUUGUUAAAAAAUCUUCAAUGAUAAUAUAUACAUCAAAUAAAGGUGAUAAUUGAGUGCUGAUUCAUCUGUAAUAAUUGAAAUAGGUUUGGUUAAUAACUGAAAUAUUUAUCUCUAGUAAAUGUAGGGAUAUAGUAAAUUUACCCCAAUGCCUAAAUGUUUUCCAAUAAACAGACUAUUGCAGUUAAAGAUCAGCUCGUGCGUAAUCUUUCUGCUAUGUUUAGUAGCAGUCAUUCAAUUUUUUGCUUCAUACGGCCGAUAUCACUAUGAACAUAUACCUAGAGAACACUUGACGACCAACAUCUUUUUCCGAACUAAUCCUAAAUUAGAAGUAAAUAAAGAAAAACCCAAUUGUAACUAUGAUGGGAUACUACAAAGUACAAGUUCCAUUGACACAAGGAAUGUUCCAAGGAAGUUUGGUGACUUUACAACCAAUGGGCUGGUUAACGGUAGUUACACUCCGGAGAACUGCAACCCUCUUCUAAGUGUUGCCAUUUUAGUAACAUACAGAGACAGACAGAAUCAAUUAGACACAUUUAUCCCAUACAUGCAUAAUUUCUUGAGGAAGCAAGGCAUCCAUUACACUAUUUACGUAAUAGAGCAACAAGAUGAGAAACCCUGGAACAAAGGCCUGCUUUACAACAUUGGGGCUAAGCAAGCCAUUGUGGACAAGUUCCCAUGCCUCAUCUUACAUGACAUCGACCUGCUGCCGCUGGACAGUGGCAACCUCUACUCUUGCCUGCACGAGCCUCGGCACAUGAGUGCUAGUAUUGACAAGUUCCGGUUUGUUCUGACGUACGACUACCUGGUCGGCGGCGCGCUCGCGAUACGCUCUGACCAGUAUAUUGCAGUCAAUGGCUUCUCCAACAAAUUUGAAGGCUGGGGCGGAGAGGAUGAUGAUUUUGCAGGCAGGCUAAAGGCAAAGAAUUUAAAAGUUAUUAGAUACCCACGUGAAUUGUCGAGGUAUACGAUGCUGGUGCAUCCCCAGGAGAAGAAGAACAGAGACCGCAGCCGGAUUCUGUCAGAGAACCAAAUGAGCCACAACAAAGACGGGCUCAGCACCGCAGAGUAUGCAGUCAAAAGUGUGCACAGAAACACAUUGUUCACACUUAUCGGUGUUAAAACAUGAUUUAUUGAAACUUGUACAUAAAAGGAAAGUUAAACAAGUUUAGAUGCUAUAUAUGAAAGGAAUGCAUUAUUCUGCUUAUUUCGAAAGUGAUACAAAAUACGAGACAUUUCAAUAAAAUGUUUUACUUUUAAAUAAAAGAACUUGCUAUUGACCUGCUUGGAAAAUUUUGCAAGUGUCAAAUAUGUGCGUUUUGAAUUUUUUUAUCAUGUAUGUCUACGUUGUAUUGAAUUACAGGGAUUACACUAUAAUUUUUUCGUGAUUUAGUUUUUUUUCAUAUAGGUUGUUCAUUAUUUUACUAUUUUAGAAAGUUAUUCAAAGAGUAUUUUAAUUCUGUAGAUGACUAAUUUCAUGUAACAUUGGAUUCAGGAACACGAGUUCCAAGGAUAAAAAUGUUCAUUAACGUGCGAUAUCACAGUUUAUUUAAAUUUCAUGUAAAACCAUAGGUAAUACUGCAUGUAAUAAAAAUGACUAGGUUUUUAAGAAUGUA